AUGUGUUGGAAAGAAGAGAGAGCAAGCGGUGGAGUCAGGUAUUCCAACGGUCGAUAUAUGAACAGACCAGGGUGGCACCGAGGUGGCACUGAAGCCGAUGGGUGUGAAGAAGCUGGAAGUAUGAGAAGCGACUGCUUACUACCGUUCCACGGAGCUGAAGGGGCAGAGGAGGUCUGGGCGAGAAAACGGGAUCGGGGUUGGAGGAAUCUUAUUAUUAAGGCUGAAGGCCGAUGGCGAGUCGGGGGGCAAAUUCGAGACAGUGGCAGUGGGCAGUGGGAAGAGGGCAUUCAGGGCCUCCACCAGAGGCAGAAGAGUUUUGUCCUUCACUCCUGGUGCAGUAGAGAGACAGUGAGGUACUAUCCAUGCGCACCCGCCAGGGCAGCCGAGUCCCGGGGCGCGGAGGCGGCACCCAUCCACAGUUGGUACGAGCAGUACAAGGCGAAGGCGGCGAGGGGAAAGGUUGGGCUGAGCGAGGAUGCCAGGCUGGGACGAGGAUGCAAGAGCUAG